AUGACAACUGAGAAUAAAGAAAUGUGUGAUUUAACCAAUGUUGUUUUACAAGUUAAUGGAGAAAAUCAAAUUAAUCAGGACAACCAAUCAUUAAAAAUUCCCAAAAGAGUCUUACAUUUUUCUGAUGGUGACUUAAUUGAGUAUUCUGAUGAUGAAACGGAUUCCAGUUCUCCAGAAACUGACAAGCAACUCAUAGAUCUUAAAAACAUCGGCUGGGUUCCAUGGACUUGGUACCAGACCUCAUGGGUAGGCUCUAAAGUACUCGAAAGUUGUGACUACGUUGGAGAAGCCCUGGCUAAUUUUUUGGGAAUUACAUCUCCUAAAUAUUACUUUGAACUUGUAGAGUACCAGCGCCUCCAAAAAUUGCAGGACGAGGAAAAUAAAAAAGACCUUGAGAUACAGGGGUGGAACCAAAAUAAUACAGAAACUUUAAUAGUAAAUGACAUUAAAACUUCAAAUCAUUAA